AAUAAGUAAGCUUUCAAGAAUUUGCAUCUGACUUAGUGGGAUUUAUUCCUGAUAGCUUCACUUUGUCCUGUGCUGUUGUUUUUACUCACACAAAAAAUCAAGUUCAUUGUAAAUGCAAGGAAGGGUUUGGUUAAGCACGUAGCCUAUGAGCUUCUUUGCUAUUUAGAUAACAUCAAGGCUGAGGCAUGGGCUGUAUAUUUGGAACUAGAUGUGAUUUAUUCAGUAGUAGCUUUACCAGUGCCCCAGGGUAUGUAUGUCUUCUGAAAACCCAUUUAAAGUCAGUGAAUUUAAAAAUCCUAAAUUUUAAUACCUUAAUCAUUUUGAAAGCAGUUCAAAAAGAGUCAAAACAGUAUUUGGCAGAAAAUUUUCAUCUGAAUGGAUUUUUUUGCCUAGUUUUGUUUUUAGUAUUAAUAGCCAGCUUUUGAAAGUGCUGCUGAUACAGCAAUUGGGAAGAGUGAUGACAUAGUGCUUUUGUUAUCUUCAUCUGUUUUGAAGCACAAGACCUAUCAAACCACUGUAGAUAUGGACAAAGAAGAAAGGAAGACUAUCAACCAGGGCCAAGAAGAUGAAAUGGAAAUUUAUGGCUAUAAUUUGUGUCGCUGGAAGCUUGCUGUAGUUUCUCUAGGAGUGGUUUGCACUGGUGGCUUUCUCCUCCUCCUCCUCUACUGGAUGCCCGAAUGGCGGGUGAAGGCGACCUGUAUUAGAGCUGCAGUUAGAGACUGUGAAGUGGUGCUGCUGAGGACUACUGAUGAAUUCAGAAUGUGGUUUUGUGCAAAAAUUCGCUUUCUGUCUCUGGAAACUCGCCCAUUUUUGAGUCCAAAAUCUAUGGCCAGUAAAGUUUCAAAUGGCCACACUGUUCAUCUAACUGAAAAUUUAGCUGAAGAAAAUAGGCAUGAGAUAAGUAAAUAUUCACAGACUCAACCACACCAGAUCCGUUAUUUCACCCACCACAGUGUAAAAUACUUCUGGAAUGAUACCCUUCACAAUUUUGAUUUUUUAAAGGGACUGGAUGAAGGUGUUUCUUGUACGUCAAUUUAUGAAAAGCAUAGUGCAGGACUGACAAAGGGGAUGCAUGCCUACAGAAAAUUGCUUUAUGGAGUAAAUGAAAUUACUGUGAAAGUGCCUUCUGUUUGUAAGCUUCUAAUUAAGGAGGUUCUCAACCCAUUUUACAUUUUCCAGCUCUUCAGUGUUAUACUAUGGAGCACUGAUGAAUACUAUUAUUAUGCUCUGGCCAUUGUGAUUAUGUCUAUAGUGUCAAUUGUAAGCUCUCUCUAUUCCAUUAGAAAGCAAUAUAUUAUGUUGCAUGACAUGGUUGCAGCUCACAGUACUGUGAGAGUUUCAGUUUGCAGAGUGAAUGAAGAAAUAGAAGAGAUCUUUUCUACAGACCUUGUGCCAGGAGAUGUUAUGGUCAUUCCAUUGAACGGGACAGUCAUGCCUUGUGAUGCGGUUCUUAUUAAUGGUACUUGCAUUGUAAAUGAAAGCAUGUUAACAGGUGAGAGUGUUCCAGUGACAAAGACUAAUUUGCCAAAUCCUUCAGUGGACAUAAAAGGAAUGGGAGAUGAAUUCUAUAGUCCAGAAAUACAUAAACGACACACUUUGUUUUGUGGGACUACUGUAAUUCAAACUCGUUUCUACACUGGAGAACUUGUCAAGGCUGUAGUAGUUAGAACAGGAUUUAGCACUUCCAAAGGACAGCUUGUUCGCUCUAUACUAUAUCCCAAACCAACUGAUUUUAAACUCUACAGAGAUGCCUACUUGUUUCUACUGUGUCUUGUGGCAGUGGCUGGCAUUGGGUUUAUCUACACUAUUAUCAAUAGCAUUUUAAAUAAGGUAGAAAUUGGGGUAAUAAUUAUUGAAUCUCUGGAUAUCAUUACCAUUACUGUGCCUCCUGCACUUCCUGCUGCGAUGACUGCUGGUAUUGUGUAUGCCCAAAGAAGAUUGAAAAAAAUUGGUAUUUUCUGUAUUAGUCCCCAAAGGAUAAAUAUCUGUGGACAGCUGAAUCUUGUUUGCUUUGACAAGACUGGAACUCUUACUGAAGAUGGUUUAGAUCUUUGGGGGAUUCAACGAGUGGAAAAUACACGUUUUCUUUUGCCAGAAGAAAAUGUUUGCAACGAGGUACUGGUAAAGUCUCAGUUUGUUGCUUGUAUGGCUACUUGUCAUUCACUCACAAAGAUUGAAGGAGUGCUUUCUGGUGAUCCACUUGAUCUGAAAAUGUUUGAAGCCAUUGGAUGGAUUCUGGAAGAAGCAACUGAAGAGGAAACAGCACUUCAUAAUCGAAUUAUGCCCACUGUGGUUCGUCCUGCAAAACAGCUGCUUCCUGCAUCCACACCUGCAGGAAACCAAGAAAUGGAACUGUUUGAACUUCCAGCUAUUUAUGAGAUAGGAAUUGUUCGCCAGUUCCCAUUUUCUUCUGCUUUGCAACGUAUGAGUGUGGUUGCAAGGGUGCUGGGGGAUAAGAAGAUGGAUGCCUACAUGAAAGGAGCACCUGAAGUCAUUGCCAGUCUUUGUAAACCUGAAACAGUUCCUGUUGAUUUUGAAAAAGUUUUAGAAGAUUACACUAAACAGGGCUUCCGUGUGAUUGCUCUUGCACACAGAAAAUUAGAGUCAAAACUGACAUGGCAUAAAGUACAGAAUAUUAGCAGAGACGUCAUUGAAAACAACAUGGAUUUUAUGGGAUUAAUUGUAAUGCAGAACAAAUUAAAGCAAGAAACCCCUGCAGUACUUGAAGAUUUGCAUAAAGCCAACAUUCGCACUGUCAUGGUCACAGGUGACAACAUGUUGACCGCUGUUUCUGUGGCUAGAGACUGUGGAAUGAUACUACCUCAGGACAAAGUUAUUAUUGCUGAAGCAUUACCUCCAAAGGAUGGGAAAGUUGCCAAAAUAAAUUGGCAUUAUGCAGACACUCUAACACAGUGCAGUAAUUCAUCAGCAAUUGACUCAGAGGCUAUUCCAAUUAAACUGGUCCAUGAUAGCUUAGAGGAUCUUCAGGUGACUCGUUAUCAUUUUGCAAUGAAUGGAAAAUCAUUUUCAGUGAUAUUGGAACAUUUUCAAGACCUUGCUCCUAAGUUGAUGUUGCAUGGCACUGUGUUUGCCCGUAUGGCACCUGAUCAGAAGACACAAUUAAUAGAAGCAUUGCAAAAUGUAGAUUACUUUGUUGGGAUGUGCGGUGAUGGCGCAAAUGAUUGUGGUGCUUUGAAGAGGGCGCAUGGAGGCAUUUCGUUAUCAGAGCUCGAGGCUUCAGUGGCAUCUCCCUUUACCUCCAAAACUCCUAGUAUUUCUUGUGUGCCAAACCUUAUCAGGGAAGGCCGUGCUGCUUUAAUGACUUCUUUCUGUGUGUUUAAAUUUAUGGCUUUGUACAGCAUUAUACAGUACUUCAGUGUUACUCUGCUAUAUUCUAUCUUAAGUAACCUAGGAGACUUCCAGUUUCUCUUCAUUGAUCUGGCAAUCAUUUUGGUAGUGGUAUUUACAAUGAGUUUAAAUCCUGCCUGGAAGGAACUUGUGGCACAAAGACCACCCUCAGGUCUUAUAUCCGGGGCUCUUCUCUUCUCCGUUUUGUCUCAGAUCAUCAUCUGCAUUGGAUUUCAAUCUUUGGGAUUUUUUUGGGUCAAGCAGCAACCUUGGUAUGAAGUAUGGCAUCCACAAUCAGAUGCUUGUAAUACAACGAGAAGCCUAUAUUGGAACUCUUCACAUUUGUACAAUGAAACUGAACUUGAUACGCGUAAUAUACAAAAUUAUGAAAAUACCACAGUGUUUUUUAUCUCCAGUUUUCAGUACCUCAUAGUGGCAAUUGCCUUUUCAAAAGGAAAACCCUUCAGGCAGCCUUGCUACAAGAAUUAUUUUUUUGUUGUGUCUGUGAUUAUUUUGUAUGUUUUCAUAUUACUCAUCAUGUUGCAUCCAGUUGCCUCUAUUGACCAGGUUCUUCAGAUAGUGUGUGUACCAUAUCAGUGGCGUAUAACUAUGCUCAUGAUUGUUCUUGUCAAUGCCCUUGUAUCUAUCAUGGUGGAGAACUUCUUCCUUGACAUGGUCCUUUGGAAAGUUGUGUUCAAUCGAGACAAACAAGGAGAAUAUCGCUUCACCACCACACAGCCACCACAGGAGUCAGUGGAUCGGUGGGGAAAAUGCUGCUUGUCCUGGGCUCUGGGCUGUAGAAAGAAGGUACCAAAGGCAAAGUAUAUGUAUCUGGCUCAGGAGCUCUUGGUUGAUCCAGAAUGGCCACCAAAACCUCAGACAACAACAGAAGCUAAAGCUUUAGUUAAAGAGAACGGAUCAUGUCAAAUCAUCACCAUAACAUAGCAGUGCAUCACUCUCAGUGGUAUGCUAGUAGCAGGAGAAUGCAAUUUUAGGACAUUCUGAUCCUGUGUGUCGGAAUGGCACCAUUUCAAUUUAUGUCCCUUCUAAUAGCUGAUACUAGAGCCUUUUUUUUAAAUAAACAGAACAGAACAAUAAGAUUGGCCUGUCAGUUAAAUUAAUAGUCUGUAAAGUCCUAUAUCUUCUUUCAGUAACUACAUAAUACAUCUAUUUCCAGAAUUUUUUGUUAACCUCAGUGAUACUCUUUAUAUAGGGUACAGAAGAAAGUUGGUAUUUGAUAGGCUUUUAGACAUUAGCUUCUGAGACUUGGUUUAUCUGUUUAAAUUUAUUAUUUUCCUCACUCGCUUAUUAGAAAAAGUCCUCGUUUAUAUACCAGCCCUAAAUUUGCGAUCGAUCAAUAAAAUGGGUGUUAAUUACCCUCCAGUGAAAAUAGGUAGAAAGCCUGUUUUUAUUUGGUUCCAAAAUUUCUUGCAAAGACUUCCAUAUAUACCUACACCUGUUCCCUUUGAUAGCCUAGGAGUUAGUUUUAUGGUGUUGCUUAUAGAAUAACUCAGGUAAUUUCCAUUUAUGGUUUUAUAUUUUCUGUACAAACUGCCUGGGUUUUAUUUUUCUAAUCAGCAAGGUGCUUCACUGCCUUCUUCAGACGUCCCUCAAAGCUAUUAAACAGAUCUUGUGGUAUGUCUCCUGUCAGUAGUAUAAUUUACUUCACUUAAAUGUUGUAGGACCAUUUUCACUGGGAAAGAAAGUUUUUUGUUGUUGUUGUUCUUCUGCAAUAGAUGUAGGUCUGUCUGAUAUCUCUUUUUUUUCUCUCAGGUUUUAUAUAAUUUUAAAUAUUUUUAUUUUCUAUCUUUUUAAUUACUUAAAGACAUAGGAUAAUAGUGAAUUGGGUUUUGUUUUUUGUUUUGUUUUAGUCUUUUGAGUUAGACUUUCACCUACUAAAAUAUUUAAGGGUUGAUACAUGUCUCUCCUAUGAAUAAUGAGGCUUAAAAAUGAGUGGUUUUGAGUGACUGCUUCUUCAAAACAGUAUGAGCUCGCUGAGUUUGUUUUAUGCCAUUAGGUGGCGCCAGAGGUCAGAGCUUACCUGUUUAAGAUGGGAUGUUUACAAAGGAGCAUUAAUUUGGAUGUAAAAAUUUGUGGGAGGAAGAAAAAAUGAAAUAAAGUUAAAGAAUAGACAUUAAUUGGGCCAAAAGAAAUGUGAAAAGUAUUUUUCACCUUUCUGUUUUUUCUGGUUAUUUUUAAAUUCGAAACAAAAUUAAAGUAACCUUAAAAAUGCCUUUCUGGUGCUCACUUCUGCAGCACAUACACAAAAUCUGAACAAUACAGAGGAGAUUAGCAUAUGGCCCCUGUGCAAGGAUGACACGCAAAUUCGUGACAUGUUCCAUAUCUUUUCAGCUUGGGGCGUGAUCCUGGGAUCCGGGAUCGAGUCCCGCAUUGGCCUCCCUGUGAGGAGCCUGCUUCUCCCUCUGCCUGAGUCUCCUCUGCCUUUCUCUCUGUCUCUCAUAAAUAAAUAAAUCUUUUUUUUUUUUUUUUAAUGCCUUUCUGGGUAAGAUCCAGCAGUUUGGCAAAACCCACAGUUCUGAUAAACACAGAAAUUGCUAUGCUAUAAAACGGACACUAACUAAACUAUGUGACAUUAUCCUGUGUUCUUCCCUAACUGGUAGCAGGCUUGUGCUGUCCACUUCCAGCUGAUCACUGUUUUUCUGGUAGAUAUUUACCAGUUUAUCAGAUGUUAGCCAGAGCUCUAGAACCACAUGGUUCUCAUUUUUUAUGCUGCAGAGACCUGAAUGAUGUUAGGUAACUAUAGGAAAAUGUAAGUUACACUCAGGAUCACUGUUAACUGCUAUUGCCACUGAUGAUUCUUACAAAAAUAUUAAUCAAAGUUUUCCAUCAGAAAGCAUAAUAUGAUAUUAAUACACAUUAGAUAAGAACAGUUGUUCAUGAAUGAACAAUUUUGUGAAGCUAUGCAUCUUAGACCUCUUGAGCUGUGAAUUAGCACUGUUUUCUAUAGUUACUACUCUUGAUCAUUUUCUGAUUUCCACAUUCAUUUUCAGUAUGUAUAAGCGUUAUUCUUAAAGUGAUUUCCCAGAAUUGUAGAUUUUAUUCUUUGAUUUAAAUACUGAAGCAUAUAAUUAAUGACUAAAUAGCAGCUUAGAAAUCCAGUGACCGGAUUGUAUUUAACAUCUUUAAGAGCAUGAUCAUAAAGAGCUGUACUUUUUACACCUUUCUCUUUUUUUAACAUUUAGAUUUUAUAAGUGUUUUAUAUCUCAUUUGUCCAUAUUAUUUUCAAAGAAGUGAGGUUUUUAGGUAGCUGGAAGAGCAUUUGUAGGAAUCAGAUUUGAACAUAGACAAGGUGGGUUGUUCAAGUUGCAAUUGAUGGUUUCCAGAAUAUUAUUUGAAGAAUGUCUGUGAAUCUAGGUGUGGGUCCUACUCAGUGCCAUAGAUAGGAGGAGUUCUCUCUCUUUAGGUCACCGUUACAUAAUAAUUUUGAUUCUGAACUUCACGUUAAAUUAUUUGAGUGUAUACAGACCUAAAUUUAAAAAUCUGUACAUAUCUUAUUUUGAUGUAUUAAAGAUUAAUAAAUAUUGCCGAUUUAAAUUUUAUUUAUGCACAUACUUAAAGGACAGAAAUGUCCUGAAAAGUAAUUGUUAAAUAAUGAUAUGUAACUUUUUAACUUUUUAAAUAAAUAACAAGAUUUUUAAUGUGUGUCUCCCUCAGGGUUGUUUAAAGUUUUUUUUUUUUCUCCCUCAGAUAUAAAUAGUGGUAACUAUAUGUUUUGUAUCUUCUAGCACCAACUGCUGUAAAGCAAUGCUGCAAAUAAUGCUUGAAUAAAAGUGGCUAAGCCAACAACAAAAUAAAUACUUUUUAUAUUAGUUUUAUAAUUCUUACAUUCGAGAGCUUUCCAAAUUGCACUUGCAUUUAAACAGAACUGUUGCGGUCUUAACUGUAUUUAUUUUGUCUCCCAUGUUUGUGAAGAUACUGCACAGUUUCAGAGGCAUGGUAAAUAUAAAUAACAUAUCAGUGUUUAUGUAUUUUGUUCCCCAAAUGGCUAUAGAUAAUAAUAUCCAGAGAAGAGCAAAAUCCAAGCUUUAGAAAACCUUCUAAAUCGCAUGCAUGCAAUUUUGAGAUAUCCGAAAAUAGGUUUUUGUAUAUUUAUGGUGGGAGGUGAUGGGGAACUUUUGACAAAAUGUGCGAUGUUAAUUUUUGUAUAGUCUGUGGGCAUUUACACAUUUUUAAUGUAAUUAAAUUUGGUAAUUAUGUGCACAUUAAAUUAAUAAGAUAGCUACUUCCUGUUAUGAUUUGUGAAUUCCCUAAGACUUUGGAUUUUUUUUAAGUAACUUUAUAUCAGAAAUGAUACUGCAUCUUUAUAUUUUUUAAAUCGUAUUGCUGCUCAAGAAUGGUACCCUGAUGUCAAAAAGGCAUACAUUCAUAAUUGUACAUUUAGCAUUGUAAAUUCAUAAUCUUUUUUGGAUUGAAGCUAUUCAAAAUAAAAAUUUAAAUGAAUGAAAUAACAUUUUA